CUUUGUGAGCAGCCGCGCGGUUCUUCUCCGCGGUUCCGCUGAGGAAAACCGUCCAGGUUCGUGUCGGUGGCAGCAGCUUUCUGUUUUUACUGUUGGAGCGGUAAAUCCGAGCCGAACCGACCGGAAGUCAGGUUCCAGCCUGGUUUUUGUUCUGGAGGGAGCUAACAGUCCGCUAGCCUUCCGCUAACCGCCACGUUUUUCUUCUCCUCAGAACCGAACCUUUCUUGACCCGGUUCUGGUGACACAGCGUCUCCCUUCCAGAACCGAGCAGUGCUGAGCACCGAGGACGAACCGAACCGAACCAGCGACCGGACAAAGUUUGUUCGGCUGAGUUUUGGCGCAGCAAGCGGAAGUCCAGUUUGGAUCCAAGAUGGAAGGUCUGGUGGAACCAACUCUGCUGUGGGUCAAGGAGGAAGAGGAGAAACUGGAGAUAAAGGAGGAAGAGGAGGAACUGGAGAUAAAGGAGGAAGAGGAGGAACUGGAGAUAAAGGAGGAAGAGGAGGAACUUUGCAUUAAGCAGGAAGAAAAUGAUGAUGAAGGCUCAGGAUCCAGCAGAGGACACAACCAGGAUUUGAAGUCCAGUUUGGGUCAGAAGACACCAGAUACUCCAGAGACCAACAAUGAAGAGCAUGAAUCUGAACCUCAGCAGUUAAAAAAGCCGGACAGUGGGGUCUGCGUCAUGCACGCUUUGACUCCAGCAUACUUAAUUCUUCAAAUGAGUUCUCACCAAGGUCAGAAGAAUUUAGCCUGUCAGCUCUGUGGAAAGACUUUUCUCUACAAAUGUAAACUGAAAUACCACCUAAGAACUCACACGGGCGAAAAGCUGGUCUCUUGUCAGACUUGUGGAAAAACGUUUCUCUGGCAAAGUAAACUGAAAGAACACAUGAGGAGUCACACGGGGGAGAAGCCUUUCUCAUGUCAGACCUGUGGGAAAACUUUUACUGAGAAAAGCAAAUUGAAGCAGCACAUGAGAACUCACACUGGUGAGGUUUUUUCAUGUGAGACCUGUGGAAAAACCUUCAUGUGGCAUAGUCAGCUGCUAGGCCACGUCAGAACCCACACAGGAGAAAAGCCUUUCUCAUGCGAGUUCUGUGGAAGAGCUUUCACUGUGGAAAGUAAAUGGAAAUACCACAUGAAAGCUCACACAGGUGAGACUUUCUCUUGUGAGACCUGUGGAAAAACUUUCACCUUGCAAUGUGCUUUGAGGGACCACAUGAAAACUCACACAGGUGAGAAGCCUUUUUCAUGUGAGACCUGUGGGAAAGCUUAUAUGAGGCAGAGCACUUUGAGGGACCACAUAAGAACUCACACUGGUGAGAAGCCUUUUUUGUGUCAGACUUGUGGAAAAGCUUUUAACCGGCAAAGUAGCUUGAGUCUCCACAUAAACUUGCACACAGGUGAGAAGCCUUUCUCAUGUCAGACCUGUGAAAGAAAAUUCAGUUUGAAAAGUCAAUUGAUUUUUCACAUGAGAAUUCACUCUGGUGAGAAACCUUAUUCAUGCCAGAUAUGUGGAAAAAAAUUUAGGGUUAAAGCUCGGUUGACAGUUCACAUGAGAAUUCACACGGGUGAGAAACCUUUCGCAUGCCAGAUGUGUGGCAAAUCUUUCACCCACCAGAAUUCUUUGAAUUUUCACAUGACUUCUCACACAGGUGAAAAGCCUUACUCAUGUCAGACGUGUGGAAAAGCUUUCAAUAUGCAAAAUGGUUUGACUCGUCACAUGAGAAUUCACACGGGUGAAAAGAAUAUUUCAUGUGAAACCUGUGGAAAAGCUUUCAACCAACAAAGUCAUCUGACGUAUCAUAUGAGGUCUCACACUGGUGAGAAACCAUUCUCAUGUCAAAUCUGUCCAAAAAAGUUCAGCAGAAAAGAUCUGUUGAAUGUUCACAUGAGAACUCACACAGGCAAGAAAUGUUAAACAUGCAGUAUAUCUACUAUUAGAUGGAUGGUGACUGGGAUGAACUUUUCCUUCAUAAUAUGCAUUGAAGCAUUCCUCCUGCUACGGUUGUCAAAAUGAUCAGCAGGUUGAUAUAUUUCUAUCAGUUGUUUGCCUCAAAAUUGACACUAAGGCAGCUGUUUACAUUCAUUCCUCCCCAAUAAGCUGCUGAAAGUUUUAAGCUUUCCUAACAGGGAAACAAUGUUCAGAAAAAGUCAUUAAAGUUCCUUUAUUUGCAUUUAAUUGAUGGUCCCUGAUUGAUAUGGUGAGUCAGUUACAUUUGCCGUCAAUCAUUCCUACAAGAAUUGCAAAAUUCCUUGGAAAUAUUUCUAAAGUACCAAAAAUCAUAAAAUCCUGGAGCGUCUGUGUACUUAAUCAGUAAAGAAAAUAUUCCGACUGAAAUGAAACAUGGCUGCUGCUGGUUGUAUCUGCAUGGACCAGGUCCUUGUUUCCUCUAAAAAUAUGAUUUCAAUGCUCAUGACCCGUGUUUGUUUUGAAAAUUCAUUUAUUUCAGUCUAGAAUGAUUCUUUGUUCAAAAAUGUAUUUAUAUCAACAAUAAUUUGACAGAGAAAUGUAAAAAGAAAAAGUAAAUAUAUAAUAUAUGUGUUGGUAUGGGAGAAGCAAUAAUAUUGUUUAAGUCUGGAACAUGACUUGAAAUUAAUAACAAUAAUAAUAUAUUUAGGCUCUAAAUGCCAUCUGCUUUCCUCAGUGUUUGGUUUUCGUACUUAAAGUCUGGAAUUAUGUGAGGAUGUUGAGAUUUGACCACCUGUUUCACUGCUGUCAUUUAUCAACAUCACCAGAGUUUAAGGACUUCCUGUCUUGACAGGAAACAGAAACUAAUGUAUUUUUAGAGUUGUGGUACGAUUAGAGAGGAGCUACUGGCAUCACACCAUCCGUUACUGGUGCCUCUUGUUUUACCAGCUUUUUUGCCGUUAAGAUUUCUGGGGUUUUCAAAGUUUUUGUUAUUUUUUUUUCUUUGUGUUUCUGGAUCGCAGCAUUUAGAAAUGCUGCUGUCUGAAUAUAUUUGCCUCUUGGAGUUCCUG